CGUUCAUUAUCAUGUCUAAACCUUCCGCAGUCACAACCUGCUUCAAGUUCAACGUUCUGUCUGCUGUAUGGCUCUUACUUUUCCUUGCCAGCACCGCCCUUGCCACUCCGACGCCAACUAGAGAAGGUCAUGGUGCAUACACGUAUAGCCAAUUAUCCAACUUCCAGCGUGACGUCGUCCAGACCAACUCGGCUGGCGCUACAGGUGUUUACAACCCCACUACCAGUCAGCAAGUCCCUCAAGGGGUCGCCUCCGAUGGAAGUGGAAGUGGUUUCUCAAUUCCGGCUAUACUCUGGGUAGCUUUCUCUUUCACGACUGGUGCUCCGCUCAUGCUAGCGGGCAUUCGAGGAUGGCGUUUCACAACUGGAACUGCUCUAGGGCUGACUAUCGCCGUUUGCUCAUGGGCCGCGUUCACAAAUACUAUGAGCGGUGGUGGAAUCUCAGACUUAGUGCUGACGAUCCUUGUAUUGGUUUUGUUCGGCUUCGGCUUCGCUCUAGGCCUUCUAGAAGCAGGGCGCAUAGCCGGAUUGUUACUUUUGGGAAUCCUUGGUGGACUGGCUCUAGGGAUUCGCAUUAUAUUACUUCGUCCCGGUCUUUUGAUAACAGGAACACGCCUUUACGUCCUUAACUGGUUAUUAAUCGCACUGGUUGGUCUUCUUGGCAUAUCAUUGAUCCUUUUAAGACAAAGGGCUGGAAUUACACUUGGUUCUGCCUCGAUAGGAACGUUUCUUUGUUGUUUGGGUUUAGACCUAAUCAUCAACAAACAGUCUGGUCUGAGUUGCGGUCUCCGAUAUCUCUUUGAUAGAAAUCCUUCGCAUUUGGUGUAUAUAUUGAAUAACGGCUAUGAACCUCCCAAAACGACUCCGAUUUUACUUGCGAUUUCUUUAGCUCUCACUCCUGCUUUCGCAUACAUGCAACAUCGUUUGUUUCCACAUACCUUUUCUCGUAAAUCCCCGCGUGACGAUGAAAUAUCCGUCGGUACUGUGGUUUCGCCAGAGGAAACAAAACCUCUGAGUCCGGAGUCCUCUAGCAUAGAGUCAUCGUCGUCUGCUGUGGAUUCAGAGAAACCUACGGACUCGCCCUCAACACCUUCAACACCUUCAUCGCCGCCUCCACCAUCCUGAAUGAUAUUCGUUCCAAGUCUUUUCGUUGUACAUCAUCUUUAGAGGGUAACUUUGUGGAAUCCCGGUGCUCUACAUGGCCGUUGCUUUCUUUGUUUGCUCCAUCCCAUGGACUUGCCGUUAGAUUAUCUUCAAGCUACAGACCUAGAUUUAGACUGCAUUGGUCACUUCCUUAGACUUAUGGACCUUGUUUCGGACACUCAUUUUUACCGCUAGCAGUGAUCAUUGCACAUUCAAUUGAUGUGUGCUACGUACACCGUGGACAUUAACGUUGGAUACGUACCCUGCAGAGUUACUACUAAUACACAGUACAGUUGCAUUUCAUAUUACUCGUUGUAAGACGAUGUCGAUCAAGUGGCUUAUCUCAAUAGCACCAGAGGUCGUGAUACUUG